AUGGCCGGCUUUGGCGACACCAUCGCCUCACUUCUGGAGACAUAUUCCAAGUGUCUGUGUCUCCUGAAGGGCCUAAAGGGGGCUCGUGGGAACAAGCAGCCUCGACAACUUCGAAGAAGCAUUCGCUCUGACAGGUCCAAGGUUCGAAGUGUAUACUCUUCAAAGCUGUCCGUGGCUGGGACUCAUCUUGAAAAGGGCGACGCCGUGGCUCGAUCUUCUGUGCGAAGAGUGAUUAAGCGUCUUACAUCGGCCACGACCAACUUGCUUCAUCUCAUGACCAGAGGCCAGAACCCGGUCAUUGACUACCAGUCACUCAAGACUCUGUCCAACUCAUCGCGUGUCGACGCUGUCAAAGCGAUCAAUGACCUGUCACGGAGACUUAGCACUCCGUCCUUGAAGUCUAGCUCGUCCGGGUCAAGUAAGAAGCAGAAGCAUCCGAAGAGGAUGCUUGCGGCAGACAGCAAGUCCAAGUCGAAGGACAGGGAAGCCUCGGAGCGCAAACUUCUCAAGUCUGCGGCGGAGGCGAACGAAACAGAGACCAAACCUGGAAACCCUACCUAUACACAGCACCUCAAAGCCGAGAAACGUAUGUCCAUGGCAACGAUGUCAUCAGGCAGCACCAAGCUUGGCGAGAUUGCCCCCAACAAGUUGCGACGAAGGCCAUCGGAAAAGCCGGCAUCGACAGAUCAGUUCAGCGUGGCGCCAACAUACCCGUUGAGACCUUACCAUCAACCGGAGGUCAAACGCAAGAGGCUGUGGGGGCUUUUCGGGGCGUUUACUCUGCCUAUUGAUACUGGAAGCCACAGAAAGCACGCUGGACGUCACUGGCUCUGCCCCACCAUCCACAUCGACGUCGAUUCCCUAUCCACCUCGAAUGGGCCCAAGCGUGUCUUCAACUCGAUAUCGCCUUUCGCAACAAGCUACAGAGGAGCGGCAGAACAUGCAGCACCGCCCCUACUGAAUCAUCACGACUCAUUCUUCGCUGCCGACGCCGCCCCUCACCUCACGAUGCCUUCAGAUCCCGCCGCAAACCUUAGCGCCCUGCUGCGCGCAGCUUCUAUCGAAGACCAUGAAGAGGUCCUAAAGGCUGCCAAUGCUUCUCUGAAAGCCUCCAAGACUGACAUCGUUGCCCAACGCACCCGCGUUGUCGCCCUUCUCAAGCUCGACCGCUUCGACGACGCCCUCCGUGCGAUUGCUGACGGCGGCGACAAGCUCGAGGUCGCUAGCCUUUUGGAAAAGGCCUAUGCGCUUUACAAGACGGGGAAGCUACAAGAGGCCCGCGAGGUUGCCAAUUCCAAGCCCCAGCGAAGCUUUCGCCACCUGGUUGCUCAGGUGGCCUAUCGAGCCGAAGACUUCAAGGACGCGCUCGACGUCUACAGCAGCCUGUUGGAGGAUGAGCAAGGAGAGGAGAGCGAUCUAAAGAUCAAUCAGCUGGCGUCCGCCGCCCAGCUGGAAUGGAAGGUUUCCAACAGCCUUGAUGGAGAAGACACGCCAAUUCCCGCCGCCGAAGAUGCCGACACCUUCGAGCUUGCCUACAACAUUGCCUGUGGUAUGAUUGCCCGCGGCGAGCUCUCCGAAGCUACGAAGCUGCUCCAGAGAGCACUGCGCCUCUGUGACGACUCUGAAGAGCUCUCGGAAGACGACAAGAAGGCUGAGAUGACCCCCAUCAUGGUUCAGCAGGUGUAUGUCUAUACUAGGUUAGGCAAGACCGAGGAAGCUCUCGCGAUCCAGAAGCGACUAUCCAUUUCAGAGGACUCUGACGCCGAGUCUCGACUGAUUGCGCUGAACAACACCUCAGCUCUUGCGACCGAGGUAGACAACCCAUAUUUGGCCCAGCGCAAGUUCGACACCGCAGCAGCCCUCAGCAAACAGGCGAAGCUCUUCAAGUAUCAAGAAAGCCAGCUGGAGCAGAAUAAGUACAUUCUUGGCCUGCAAGCUCAAAAGUUUGAUGGCGUGUAUGAAAAGUCGUCAAAGGCACUCGCAAAGGCUUCGCCAACAGUGUCCGUCGACACAAACGGUCUUUCGGCCAUCAAUGCCACAGCCUUUGCUUUGCGUCGCUCCAAGGUGGUUGAAGUGAAAGAGGUUCUCCCUUUGAUUGAGAAGCGCCCCACAGAUGUCGGUCUGCUCCUCACCAUAAUACAGCUCUACCUCACAGCGAACAACCCCGGUGCUGCGUUGUCCGUCCUUGAGCGCUUCCUGCAGAACCUGGAGAAGCAAGGCCCAUCAGAAGUGCGCUUCUCUCCCGGCCUGGUUGCCUUGACUGUCUCUCUUUAUAGACAGCAGGGCCGCCAUAGCAACAUACGAUCAGAGCUAGCGAAGGCAUCGUCCUUCUGGGAGAAGCACGAUGGUCGCCACGUCGACUCUCUCCUCCGUGGCGCCGGUUCGGAGCUCCUCAAGUCAUCUGAGCCCACGGAUCUUGCAGCUGCUGGCGCUGCGUUUGAGAAGCUUUGCCAGAAGCCCGUUGCGGACCCCGUUGCCGCCGCUGGCCUUGUGGCAUCCUUCGCCACAUCAGACAGAGCAAAGGUGACGCCUCACCUCGCUGGCCUGCCUCCCAUUGACGACCUCCUCCGGGGGGUCAACGUCGACGAGCUCGUCAGCAAUGGCGUCGUCACCACUGCGCCGGCAGCCAGCCAGGCCAAGAAACGCCGCCUCGAUCAGCCCACUGACGCAGGCAACAAAAAGAAGAGAAGAAGAAAGCUGCCCAAGGACUAUGUUGAGGGCAAGAAGAUGGAUCCUGAGCGCUGGCUGCCCCUCCGCGACCGAUCCUCGUACCGCCCCAAGGGUAAGAAGGGCAAGAAGAAGGCCCAGGAAGCGACGCAAGGUGGCUUCGUCAAGGAGGAGGAGACAUUGGAGUUGGCCGGUGGCGCAGGAUCUGUCAAAGUCGAAAAGGCGCCGACGACGUCGUCGAACAAGAAGAAGAAGAAGGGCAAGAAAUGA